UUCCUUCCACAACUUUCAAGAACUUCCACCCACCUUCUUCCCCAUCUUCAAAUCCCCACCCGUGUAUUAUCUCCCUCCCCUUUCAAUAACUUCCGCUUCAUCGCGUUGACUUUGAUUUCUUUCUUCUUGCGGAGUCAGCGAACAUCUUCGCGAUGGCUUCCCCUCCCCAUAUGCGGGCUCCUCAACUCACGCCAAUCCCCGAACACGCUCCGCGACUCGUAGCCACUGCAGCUACAUUCUACCCAAGUUCAACAGCAAAGCUCGACAUGACUGCCGCCAUUCCAACACCCGCACCAGGCUUGCAUAUCUCGUUUUACGACCUCCCCGAUGCCGUUCCAGCUAUCUUCUCAACUUGCAUGCAAUCCCGACCGAAGCGAAAGCUAGUAGCACCAUACCCUCAGACCAUGGUUCGUUCUGAUUUGGGUCUCGAUGUUCAGAGAAAGGUUAAGGCCCUGUGGGAGCGAAAUCCCGUCGAAGCCCGCAAGAUCAUAGGUAUUCAAGAAUGGUUCGAUCUGUACCGCUACUUCGAUGCCGUCGAUCUAUGGGUGGAAGGACCGAUCUUCUGCUAUUCUGUUAUCUUUCGUCUGGCUGAAAUGAACCGAGAAUUGAAUGAUGAACAGCCCUCUAUCAUCAGAGAAUUCGCUAGGGAAUGGGUUGACGCAAACUCGAAGAGACUUGUCAAUGUUGCGGAGCACAUCGAUGUCAUUACUCUGCUCACUCCAGAGGAAUGCCAAAGUCAGGACUUCCAGCUUCUCACAGAAAUAGAGAUCAAGACCCUCAAAUUCGAGCUGAAUAAAGCCCGAUCCAUACUCUUGGAAGAACAUCGUCGUUUGGCGAUGAUGAAUGCGCCAACCCAUCCCACACAAAGCGUAUAUCCACAAUAUCCUCAUCCUAGCCAAGGCCCUCUCGGUCUACGCCCCGACCAUUCCGUGCCCCAGAGCUAUCAGCACUUCAUGGAUGGCCAACGCAACCUUCACGGAGGUGUUGAUAAUGCUUCGAGAGAUCACAGGCCACGAGCCUGGUCGAAUGCUACACAACAAGGUCGUGGAUCUUCUCGAUUCAAUAAUAUGGGUCAACAACCAAAGGCCACCCCACGCAGCACUGAACCAAUCUAUGUCCUUACGGAACAACGACAACGUGGUGCCUCUGCUGCCGAUAUGACCUCUCGUAGGUACAGUAUUCCAACCAGACCACGAACAUUCUCAAAUACUUCUCGAACCAGCUUCUAUAAUAACGCGAGAGACUAUCAAGCCCGACGUACGGUCAGCGAUGAGGUUUCCAGUCGCCCUUUCAACCCUGGCAAGGUUACAAGUGUUGAUAAACCUUAUUAUCAACACUCUAGAGGUCCCUCGGGAUCGUCUACUGCUGUCGCAUAUCCGUACGGUCCAGGACCAGGAACUCAGACGCCCAUGUCCCAGCCAGAAGAGGACCUUGGCAUCGAAGGCUAUGAAUCCCGCGUUCACACAAAUCAAUCUGCUACGAUCUUUUACACUGGCCCAAAGAGAAAGCUUGACGAGCAGCCUGCACGAACCGUGUUCCUUUCCGGCGCUCCCGAAGAAAUGUUUCUUGAUCAUACUCUAAGAGAUAUGAUGGAAUGUUGCGGCAGCGUUGAGACAAUUAGCCAUCUUCGAAAUCGUGGAGGCACAGCCUUCGUUCUAUUUCACCAUGAGUCCGCAGUCAAAACUGCUAUCCGAAUGUGGAAUGGCUACGAGAUUGUUCCUGGAGGCAAGCUUGCCGUUAGGCCUCCUGAGAAGAGAGAGCGAGGAUACAGCAUGUCUAACAUCAGCAAGAAGACUGGAUAUAGUCAAUUUCGUGCUUCCCCUGGUCGAUACGUAGGUCAUGGUCAUACUCGAAACUUUUCAGCAAAUAUGCGUAGUGAACCGUCCUUCCGGGCAGCAGUUCCAGAAGCUCUCGAGAAUCGACAUGUCCAGGCUCAUUUUACGCCGUUGCAAGACAUUCAAAACAUAUCUCCAAAGAACAAGAACGCUUUACACAAGGCUCUGGACCGACCAUUCUUUGAUCCAAGUACUGCACCCUCAACCCCAAAGAAGGAGAAUUCACCAUUGGCAACACCUAGCAAGAGUAGAGGACAAACGCCCAAGGCGAAGAAGACUUUCAAUCACCCCAAGCGAAAUUCUCAACAGAACUCAAGGCAGCCGACACCACUUGGUAGUCCGAUGAAACCCAUCGUAGAGAGAACCUUUGGCUUCCCAAACGGCACUUUGGAAAAAGAGCAGCUGAGACAGAACGUGUUGAGAAAGAACAACUCUGACAAUGAUUUUGCUGAGCACCCGACGUCAACUCCAGUUCCCGUCUCUGAACAUGUUCCCGCACCACAGCCUCUCACACAACAACAACCGAACAAGUGUGUCGCAAAGGUGGUUCAAAAGCCUGAGUCAAGUACCAAGACCGGAUCAGAUAUCGAACCUGGACCUGCGAGUAUUGGUCGAUUAGCUGAGGCUGCACCAAAGAAGUCUAAGAGCAAAUCAAAGAAGAAGGGUAAUGGAGGUCAUCUGAAGACUGCGGGUAACGCAUCCUUCUUGACCGACAGCUCUUCUGAAACCAUCAUCUCGCCUGUCAGCAAUGAGAAUGAUAGCAUAUCAGGCAACCCCAGUACCAAUACCUCGUUCAGUACAACCUCAAGCCGACAACAGAGCUUCACGAACCCCAAGUCUCGAAAGUCCAGAGUUCAAAGCGAGGAUGCUGAGAUCCAUGCCACCGGCCAAGCUGAUACGCGAAAGCCUAGAGACAAUGUUGGAGCCUCUAUUAGAGCCUCUAAAGAUUCUCGAAAUGAAGCAUCUGAGAAUGUCGAUAAGAAGAAAGUGGAGGCUACCACUGACGAGGGACUUAUGAUAGCAUCAAAGGCCAAGAACAAGACUCAGAAGCCCAGCAAGCGUACGACUACCUUUGGGGAAUCCAUUCGUCAACCAUCCCAGUCUAGCCAUUCGAAGCAGGAGAGCACGUCAUCUCUCACGAGUAAUCAUUCUCAGAGAAAGGCAGAUGUGAUGGCCGCCGAGAAGGAAAUCCGCUCGUCUAUGCCUUCAGAACUGCCUUCUGUUGUCGCUAAUGCAGACGUUGAGGCAGACCAUACACCUAUGCCGUCUACAAUACCCUCCACUUCCGGUACAGAAGUGAAGAAGGUAAACAAUCAAGCCGUCUCGGUCGCCGUUCCCUCCCCUGUUAUCAACUCAAAUCAGAAGAUUGCAACCCACCGCCCAGCCCCAAUCACCGUUCCUUCUCCUGUAGCUUCCAUCAGCAAAUCUCAGGCCUCAGCAUCAUCUAGCUCUCCUGCACAAGAUUUACAGACAUCGAAGUCACUGCCAGAGAUGCUGAAAUCACCAAAGCGGCUUGAUGAACAAGAAUGGCCAUCCCUGAACCCUGUAAAGUCUCCUGUGGCUGCGAUUGCAGAUGGAAAAGCACCAACCCCUCUCCGAGCACCUUUGAUGGGUCUGUUGGGAAAGACGACGAACGACAAGUCGCCUGAACUACAAAAGGCUACAAAGUCGACUUUCCCUCCUGUGGCUGUUCCCCGAGCUUUCCAGACGCGCUCCCCUUCGUAAGUCGUAAGAUACCCUCGAUCCAAGCCUACACGGGCAUUGCGCUGACACCUUCAGCAUGCAAUCGACGGUGAACUUGGAGCCUUUGCAAGACGAUUCACUAGGUACAGAGUUAUGGCCAUUCGUAAAGAAGUU